AUGUCCACACUAGAGGAAGUAGCUGACCAACAACGUCCAGAAGAUGAAGAGAUAGAUCAAGAAAUCUUGAGUUCUACAACAGAUGACAUAAAUAGUCGUACAAGACUUUUAGAUAAUGAUAUCAAAGUUAUGAGAUCUGAAAUGCAGAGAUUAUCCCAUGAUAAACAAGUCAUGUUGGAGAAAGUUAAAGACAACAAAGACAAAAUUGAUAAUAAUAAACAAUUGCCAUAUUUAGUUGGUAACAUUGUUGAAUUAUUGGAUGUUGAAGCUGAAGAAGAUGCUGAAAAACAAGGUGCAAAUAUAGAUUUAGAUUCCACUAGAGUUGGUAAAUCUGCAGUGGUGAAAACUUCAACAAGACAAACAAUUUUCUUACCUUUGGUAGGUUUAGUUGAUCCAGAAACUUUGAAACCAAAUGAUUUAGUUGGUGUUAACAAAGAUUCUUACUUAGUUUUAGAUACAUUACCUGCAGAAUAUGAUUCAAGAGUUAAAACAAUGGAAGUGGAUGAAAAACCAACAGAAACCUAUUCAGAUAUUGGUGGGCUAGAUAAACAAAUUGAAGAAUUAGUUGAAGCUAUUGUCUUACCAAUGAAACAAGCUGAAAAAUUCAAGAAAUUGGGAAUAAAAGCUCCAAAAGGUGCUCUUAUGUAUGGUCCACCUGGUACAGGUAAAACUUUAUUAGCAAGAGCUUGUGCGGCUCAAUCAGAAGCUACAUUUUUAAAAUUAGCAGCUCCACAAUUAGUUCAAAUGUUUAUUGGUGACGGUGCUAAAUUAAUUCGUGAUGCAUUUGCUUUAGCUAAGGAAAAAGCUCCAACUAUUAUUUUCAUUGAUGAAUUAGAUGCUAUUGGUACAAAGAGAUUUGAUUCUGAAAAAUCUGGUGAUAGAGAAGUUCAAAGAACUAUGUUGGAAUUAUUGAAUCAAUUGGAUGGGUUUGGUUCUGAUGACCGUGUCAAAGUUUUAGCUGCUACAAAUAGAGUUGAUGUUUUAGAUCCUGCAUUAUUAAGAUCUGGUAGAUUAGAUAGAAAAAUUGAAUUUCCACUACCUUCUGAAGAAGCUAGAGCUUCAAUUUUACAAAUUCAUGCUAGAAAAAUGACUGUUGAUGGUGCUAUCAAUUGGCAAGAAUUGGCAAGAUCCACUGAUGAAUUCAAUGGUGCUCAAUUGAAGGCUGUUGUUGUGGAAGCUGGUAUGAUUGCUCUAAGAAAUGGUCAAUCAAGUGUUAAACAUGAAGACUUUAUUGAAGCUAUAGGUGAAGUUCAAGCUAGAAAGACAAAAUCAGUUUCCUUUUAUGCAUAA